AUGUUCUAUGACUUGAACAUUCCGUGGACGUCAAAAGAUGACCCCGAACUAACUAGGACGAUUGCAUUUCUUGAUGAGCUGGGAUACAAUGUAAUAGCUCUCAAUCAGACCAUCGCGGGGAAAAUUCCGUCAAAGAUAGCCGGUAUUGCCAAUCUGAUACCCGAGAAUCCGUUCCAAGAUCACUCCAGUAUCCGCUUUCUUCGGCGCGUUACAAUCGUUCUAGACGACCCUUCACAGAACUAUGGACUGGCUUCACUAUCGAACAACUUCGACAUCGUCGCCGUCCGUCCCACAGACGAGAAACUCCUCCUCCAAGCUUGCACCAGCCUAGAAUGCGACCUAAUAUCUUUAGACCUAUCGAUCCGCCAUCCAUAUCAUUUCAAAUACAAGAUCCUGGGCCAGGCUAUAUCACGCGGUAUUCGUUUUGAGAUUACGUAUUCAGCGUCGGUAAACGAAAGCAAUGCUCGAAGAAACCUACUUUCAAAUGCAGCUGCCCUGAUUAGGGCAACAAAGGGCAAGGGAAUAGUCAUAAGUUCAGAGGCAAGAAAGGCGAUGCUGUGUCGGGCACCAUUCGACGUCAUCAAUUUAGCAACAUUAUGGGGUUUGAACCAAGAGAAAGGAAGAGAGGCGAUCGCAAACGGACCCAGAGCGGUGAUGAUACAGGCAAAGAUGAAGAGACAAUCGUUUAGAGGCGUAAUUGAUGUCGUGGAAGGCGGUGGCGUUCCAAAAUCAGUUCCAAAAGAAGUGGCAAAAACCACUAUAUCCCAAAAGGCACCAGUGAAGCGAAAGGCUGAAGUUGGUGAUAAUGACUCUACGGCAGUUGGGACCGCGAAGGAUUCACAGCAACCAGCUGAAAGCGCGAAGCUGGGCGGAGAAACAACACCUAGUGAAACCGGCGAGACUCGACCGACGAAGAAGCAACGGAAGAAAGAAAUGCAAGCAGCGAAGAAAGCAGCGGGCAGCGUCGGAGGUGUAUGA